ACACGUAGGACAUGCACAUGGCUUCUCCUGGAUUUUACACAAAUGUGUUCCUACGGCAGUGUUGUUGAAUGUACUGAGUUGUGGUGAUACAUUAUUUACGUUCGGAGGACUUAUUCCGCCGAAGAUGCGGAUGAUGAUGAGUAGAAGCAGGCCGAUCGGCACCAAAUUGUUGUAUUUCUUAGCGGUACACUGUCUGCUAGCAUUGUCACCCCCGGCUCAAGGUAGCGGCUGUAUCCAUGAUGAAUUUGAAUGUGAAGAUGUCUGUAUCCCUUUGGAAUGGCGAUGUGAUGGUGAAAUGGACUGUCCAGAAGAAUCCGACGAGUUACACUGCGACAAAAAACCGAGGACAAAAAGAAUGACCACCACCUCCGGGGUUGAAAUACCUCCAGAAAGCCUACUGCCAUGUCUGCCAAACCACAAACGCUGUCCUAAGGAGGAGGUCUGCAUUCCAAUAAAUAAAUUCUGUGAUACAAGAAGAAACUGUAAAUCAAAUGGAGAUGAGGUGGGAUGCUCAGAUUCUGUUGUUAACUGUGAUAGUAAGAAUUGUUCCUUUGCGUGUCAGAACACUCCGCAGGGACCCGAGUGUUAUUGUCCGGAGGGUAAACAAUAUAAUGGGACAGAUUGUGUAAACAUAGAUCCGUGUAGCUUUUCUCAGUUCUGUGAUCAACAGUGCCGCUCAAAAGAUGGCACAUACUCUUGUGGAUGCUCGCAGGGUUACAAUCUUCUAGAAGGCAAAGACUGCAUUGCUACCAAUGUCCCCAGAAAUUCUGAGCCGACACUGCUGGUGGCAGACUUCAUGCGGUUCCAACAGGUAGCACUGAAUGGGUCGACCCUGACACCUCCAGUGGUAGCCGCAGGGCAGGCAAUCUCCACGUUAGAUUUCAACCACCGAAAGCAGUUUGCAUGCUGGUUGUCGUACCGGCUAGAUAAUAAGAUAUCGGUGAUGGAGUGUCUGAACCUUACCAAUACUGCCCAGACAUGGACGAUGAAGUCAGAUGUCUACUUUGACAAUGUUGUACAGAUUGCCUUUGAUUGGAUCACUGAGAACUGGUAUAUGGCAGACAGACUAAAGGAGAGGAUCUUACUCUGUAAUGAUCAAAUGAAAUUCUGUCGUAUGGUGCUAGAUCUUACGGACCGGGAAAUAUUUAGUAUUCGCGUGGACCCAACAGCUGGCUACCUCUUUGUCCUGAUGAAGUCAGGCAUUGUCCGGACCCAGAUGGAUGGCUCUGAUCCAAUGAUGAUUCACAAUAGCAGCAAAGUGGACAUAGAGCGCCCCCAUGAUAUGACCCUUGACUUCCCUAACCGUCAUGUCUACUGGACUGAUACCAAACUCAAGGUCAUCAAGCGUAUAGAUUAUGACGGCCAAAAUGUGUGGAUUGUGUUCAGUCAAUUGCGUCCUACAACAUAUGGCAAUGUGAUCAAAGGUUUGGGUAUAUCGAUACUACAGAAUACAAUCUACAUGACCAGUCAGUUACCCGAGUCUUUGUGGGCCAUCCACCGCUACAACUACAAUCUUGGGGCACAUCUCCUCACACGCGACCUCGAGAGCCCAUCACAAGUACAUGUCUAUCACCGCCUACGACAACCUGAUUUACCUGACUCAACACCGUCACCUUGUACACCAAAUACAUGUGAUCAGCUGUGUGUCGUCCUCAUGAACGGAACAACACCCACCGCCAAGUGUCUGUGUGCUGCAGGGUAUUACAUGGACGAAAACAACAAAUGUUUAGUGAAUGGCAGUUGCCCCAGCGAGCCAGACUGCCAGGAUAUAGUUUGUAGCUGGCAAGUUGAAUGUAAUAUCUCCACACCCUGUAUGAGCGGAUACAUUAGGUGCCCUAAGGGAAUCUGUGUCCCUGCGUCCUGGUGGUGUGACGGAGACGGUGACUGUAGUCAUUCACAGGACCCCAAAAUGGACAUGGCAGACGAAAAGUUCUGUGGCCAGAGGACAUGUUCUGUUGAUGAAUUUCGCUGUAAGGAUGGAAUAUGUAUGCCUCGAGAGUUCCAGUGUGACGGAUAUCCACAGUGUGAAGAUCAUUCAGAUGAGGUUGGGUGUCACGACCCCGUUGCUGCGACGUGUGACAAUGAUAAGUUCCGCUGUUCCAAUGGUUCCUGCCUGCCAAAGCCAUUACGUUGUAAUAACGUGACGGAUUGUCCGGAUGGAUCUGACGAGAUGCACUGCGAGGCAUGUGGACCCAGUCAGUUUAGAUGUCUGAAUGGUCAGUGUAUUCCUGGGACAGGCCGCUGUGACAGCAAGAUUGACUGUCUCGACAAGUCGGACGAGACUUUGGAUUGUUCUAUCAGUGAAAAUGCCACGUACCAACAAUGUAAACACUCCGUGCAGCAGUUCGAUUGUGGCGUUACCAGUGGAGAGAAGCGCUGUAUACCGUCUAGCUGGAGAUGUGAUAACGAGUACGAUUGUGAGGACAAAUCAGAUGAGAAAAACUGCACAGAGACAUGUGAUGCCCCGCGGUUCAUGUGCACGAACAACGAGACCUGUCUGGCUUUUGAGAAGAUCUGUAAUGGUAUACAUGACUGUGCUGACCAAUCGGACGAGGAAAACUGUGAAAGCUGUGAUGUGUGGGGUGUCUGUAGCCAGGUGUGUAAACCUCUCUCUCUAUCCAAACACAGCUGUUCAUGUCUUCCUGGUUACCAGCUCAAGUCAGAUGGUUAUUCAUGUAAACCCAAAGGUCGAGAGCCUGUGUAUAUCAUCUUCUCCAACCAGUACCAGAUGCGACAGGUUGAACUGACAAACUACACGUACGCCUCCCUUGUGUCUGGCCUCAAGAACACCAUUGCCCUGGACUUCUAUUAUGAGGGAAACUACAUUUUCUGGACUGACGUUGUUGAUGACAAAAUUUUCCGAGGAACCAUGUUGGGAAACAGUUUUACCAAUAUUGAGCCAAUCAUCGAUGUUGGCCUGGCAACCACAGAAGGCCUUGCUAUCGACUGGAUCGGGAAGAAUAUCUACUGGGUGGAGAGUAACCUGGAUCAGAUAGAAGUGGCCAAACUGGACGGUAGUUACCGCACAACGUUCAUAGCAGGGGGAAUGGUCAGCCCUCGGGCCAUAGCUCUGGACCCCAGGAAAGGCUCCCUGUUUUGGACUGACUGGGAUUCCGACAACCCAAGGAUAGAGACAUGUUCCAUGAGUGGACAAGGCCGCCAGAUUAUCUUCAAAAUGCAGGGAAUUAUGGGAGCUGGCUGGCCCAAUGGGCUGACCAUAGACUACGAUUUUUAUAGGUUAUAUUGGAUAGAUGCCAGAUCUGAUUCCAUUCAUACCAUUAAAUAUGAUGGCUCCGAUCACCGACUCAUUCUGAAAGGUCACGAGAAGAUGAGACAUCCAUUUGCUCUGACUUUGUUUGGUAACUACGUUUAUUGGACUGACUGGAGUAGCAGUGCCCUCCUCAGGGCGAACAAGUUUAAUGGCUCCGAUGUGACAGUGAUACAGAAGACCGUGUCACAGCCAUUCGACCUACAGGUGUAUCAUCCAAUGCGACAGCCGACGGCAGAUAAUCCUUGUGGCGAGAACAAUGGCAACUGUUCUCAUUUGUGUCUAAUCGGUUACAACGGGACUUCCGCCUGUAUGUGUCCCCACCUUUACAAACUUGCUGAGGACGGCCGAACAUGUGAAAAUGACCACACAUUUCUACUGUUUGUGAAGACCAGUGAGAUCAGAGGGGUCGACCUACAGGAUGCUAAUUACAACGUAAUCCCGACGAUUACUAUACCUAAUGUCGACAAACCUACCGCUAUAGACUACGACCUAGAGACUGAGCGUCUAUACUGGGCCGACAGUUCACUGAACCUUAUCAACAGUGCUUACAUCAACGGGUCAGGGGUUGAGACCAUUAUCGACUCGGGCAUUUCCAGUCCACAGGGCUUUGCUAUUGACUGGCUGUCCAAGAACAUGUACUUUUCCUCCCUGCCCUCCGGUGGACAGGAUCAGAAGGCCAGCAUCUCGGUGGCUAAACUUAAUGGAGCAUUCCGUGUGGAAAUCCCGUUGGAAGUCAUUGGCAAAAACCCAAGAUCUCUAGCUGUACUUCCUACUGAAGGGUUGCUGUUCUGGGCUGACCAGACCAUUGGAUCUGGCUCCAAUAUUAUCUGUAGGUCGAGAAUGGAUGGUACAGAUAGCAGGAUCCUGAUAAAAAACCUUACAAAGUCAGUCAAUUUACAGGUAGACCCUGGUGCACAGAAGCGUUUGUAUUGGAUAGAACUUGGAGGAAAUCUGGUGUUCAUGUCCGACAUUGACGGAAGUAAUCGAAGAUCACUCAUAAAUGGAAAAUUACAGCAGCUUCAGGCUUUUACCAUCCACAAAGAUAAUACCUUUUAUGUUGCACUAAAGUCUGGUAAAAUAGGCACAUUCAGGAUAUUUAAUAGAACACAAUUACAAAUCGAUUACCGUGAUCUCCGGGACAAAACAGCAGGAGUGACGGCUUUGAAGGUGUUUGACAACACUAGUCGCACUGAAGAUACUAAUGGUUGUUCCAAUAACACCUGUGCACAGCUGUGUCUUCCAACAGGAAAAACAACCCAUGUCUGUAAAUGUACAGCAGGAUAUCUCAUGAAUGGCACCAAGUGUACAAGUAUCGACUCUUUCCUGAUGUAUUCGUCAAGCAGUGAAAUCCAUGGAAUAUCGUUCAACCUUACCAACAAUGUGACUAAGGCUCUUCCACUUAUCUCUAAAAUAUCUAAGGCAAGCUCUAUCGACUUCAAUGCAGCUACUGAUCAUAUCUACUGGGUUGAUGCUCAAUCUAAUUCGGUAUCUCGUGUCAAACGAGAUCUUACCGAACGGGAUACCCUUGUCCAUCAAGAAAUCCGCGGUAUCCAGGGAAUUGCUGUGGACUGGAUAUCAGACAAUGUAUACUGGACAGAUUUUGGCUCUGAUGUGAUUGAAGUGGUCCGACUAAACAAUGUUGACCAUCGUUUUGUUGUCAUUCAUGGUAACAUGAACAACCCUCGGACCAUUGUUGUACAUCCUGUAGCAGGGCUUCUGUUCUGGUCAGACACAGGAAUCCAACCAAAGAUAGAACAGGCACGAUUAGACGGAACGAUGCGUAAAGUUCUGGUAGACACUAACAUAACGGCUCCCUUUGGACUGGCCAUCGAUUACGUAACCAACACCUUGUACUGGUGUGAUAACAACCUCAACAGACUCGAGUCUCUGGAAAUAACCACGGGCAAGAGGACGCUCAUCGUCGGUCCAGAUCUUAUCGACAGCUGUGUGGCUCUCACUGUGUUUAAGGAUCAUGUCUAUUGGCUCGAAGGAGAUGUCAUUGGAAAAAUCAAGCGAGCCAGGAAAACAGACGGUUCAGUUGUAGAGGAAGUAAAGACAAAUCUUGGACCCGACAUGCAGGACAUCAAGGCUUACGACACACAGCGACAACAAGGUGAAAACCCUUGUCGUGUAAAUAACGGUGGGUGUCAGGAGUUCUGCUUCCAUGUCGGUGACAAUGUCGUGUCAUGUAACUGUUCCUACGGGAAGGUGGGCAGUGAUGGCAAGACUUGUGAAGGUCAUGACUCGUUCCUGCUCUUCUCCAAGGUCACGGAUAUCGUCAGUAUCAGUCUUGAUGAACACAAUCCAAACCUUCCAAUGAAGACGAUUACCAACUCGGAUCACCUCCGUAAUGUCAUAGGCCUGGCCACAGACUACAAAUCAAAGCGUAUAUUCUUUAGUGACAUCCAACGCGGAGACAUACAGUACAUACACUUCAAUAGCUCAGAUUUCUACGUUGUAGUGGAAGGAGUUGGUUCGGUUGAGGGUUUGGCAUAUGAUGGUUUCGAGAAUUACCUAUACUGGACCAGCUACACCAACUCAUCGAUCAGCCGUGCCCACAUCUCUGACAAGGAUGAGCCUCAACACAACACGACCGUGGAAAAGAUUAUACAACUGGGUGUAUUUGAUCAUCCCCGGGCUAUCGCUGUCGAUAGCUGCUCCGAUCGUAUGUUUUGGACAAACUGGCAUGACGAGCAACCAAAAAUCCAGCGUUCCUUCCUCAACGGUUACAAGCCUGAGUCGAUUAUCACGGAGGAGAUCUGGACACCAAACGGGCUGACCAUCGACCACAUGGAACAACAAUUGUACUGGUCAGAUGCAAGGCUGGACAAAAUUGAGAGAUGUGACUUCGACGGCAAAAACAGAAAGGUGGUGGUGUCCGCCAUGCCUGAACACCCGUUCAGUCUGGCCGUGUACGGACAGUAUAUAUAUUGGACAGAUUGGAUUCAGCGUGCUGUGAUGCGUUCAAACAAGUAUGAUGGCAGCAGUGUGUUCUGGAUGAAACGUAACCUUGAGCGCCAGCCGAUGGGGAUCACUGUGGUGGCUGAGGAUGCCAAUAAUUGUACCAUGAGUCGCUGUUAUAAUCACGACUGUGAGAACAACUGUACAGUAAUCAAUGGGCAUGCUCAUUGUAUAUGUGGCAAUGAUCUCUCUCUGCUACCAGAUGGCAGACGCUGCGGACCAGCCAAUUCUUCCUGUGGAUUGACCGACUUUAUGUGUCAUGAUAAGAAGGCAUGUAUAUCUAUAGAGAAGAGAUGCAACAAUGUUAACGAUUGUCUGGAUUCUAGUGACGAGCACCCAGAUGUCUGUACUAACAAGACAUGUGCUCCAGGUCUGUUCACAUGCUCCAACUUUAUGUGUGUACACAUAGAGAAGUUCUGUGAUGGUGUGCCAGACUGCAGUGAUCUAUCGGAUGAAGCUAACUGUAUGUGUGAUGCCUCACAGUUUCAAUGUCAGAGUGGCCUUUGUAUCAGUCGACGAUUCCGCUGUGACCGCGACAUGGACUGUCCGGAUUGGGAUGACGAAGUCGGUUGCAACAUGACCUGUCACAACUUGGAAAUGUUUCCGUUUGAGGAGGAUGUUGUUUCCUGUAACACGACGUCCCAGUGUAUUCUAGCAGCAUGGAUAUGUGAUGGAAACAAAGACUGUUGGGACGGCAGCGAUGAGAAUUCUUGUAACAACUCAACGAAAGAUGGGGUUUGUGACGACGAUGGAUUUAGAUGUAAGUCGUCUGGAGCCUGUAUCCCACACCAGUGGGAGUGUGACAACGAUAACGACUGUGGGGACAACUCGGACGAGAAACAAUGUAAUUAUACAUGCGAGAGUCACAUGUUCCAGUGUAACAUGUCAAAGAUGUGUCUCCCUCGGUCGUGGGAGUGUGAUGGACACCCUGACUGUGCUAACAGCAGUGAUGAAGGAAGCCAUUGUAAGACGAUAACCAGAACGUGUCAGGAGACCGAAUACCUGUGUAACGAUACGGGGCGCUGUAUCCCAAAGCAAUGGAAAUGUGACGGGGAUAUUGACUGUCCAAACGGAGAGGAUGAACGUAUAUCGAACGGAUGUCCCCCAGCUCACUGUAAGAGGGAUGAGUUUAUGUGCAAGAAUCGGCGUUGUAUCCGGAACAUCUUCGUGUGUGAUCGGGACGAUGACUGUGGAGAUAACAGUGAUGAACCAAACUCAUGUGUAUUCCAUGCCUGUAAACAAGACCAGUUCGCUUGUAAACAGAAAGGAACCUGUAUUGCUAAAAAUCUCACCUGUAAUGGUUUCCCGGACUGUCCUGACCAUUCGGACGAGGCUAACUGCACUGCUGCGCCACCUUGUGGAUCUGAAAUGUCAUUUAAGUGUAACAACUCCGAGUGUAUACAUAUAGAUACAGUAUGUAACGGCAAGGACAAUUGUGGUGAUGCAUCCGAUGAACCAGAAAAUUGUCACAUCAACGAGUGUGCCCCUCAUCAGUUUAUGUGCAGUCAGAAUUGUACAGAUCUCAAAAUUGGUUACCAAUGUUCCUGCUACACAGGAUACAAGCUAAGAAAUGAUGGCAGGACCUGUCAAGAUAUUAACGAGUGCCAGAUGCUGUACCCUUGUUCCCACUACUGUCACAACACCCCAGGGAGUUACUACUGCACAUGUGCAAACGGAUACCUUCUGGCUGAGGACCGACAUUCCUGUAAAGUCUAUGGAGAGGAGCAGCCAUUCUUGAUUGUGGCCAAUCGCUAUUAUUUGAGGCGUGUGUCAUUUUUCGGUAUCGAGGAGAAGAUAACUGAAAACUUAAACAAUGCUGUAGCUAUCGGCUUCAACCACAAGGAGGAGAUGGUGUACUGGACGGACAUAACGAGCAAGUCCAGCUCCAUUAACAGGAUGAAGAUCUCUAACGGCACUAAACAGGUAAUACACAAUACCACUGUAAGAAAUCCAGAUGGCCUGGCUGUCGACUGGGUCGGUAACAACCUAUAUUGGUGUGAUAAAACCACGGACACCAUUGAGGUUUCAAAACUGGAUGGGAAAUUCCGUAAAGUGUUGAUCCGGGAAGGUCUAGAGGAGCCACGUGCUUUGGAGGUUUUCCCGGCUAAAGGAUUCAUGUUCUACACAGACUGGGGUGAAAAACCACACAUCUCCAGGUCAUAUCUGGAUGGAUCUGUCACACAGAAAAUCAUCACGCAGGAUCUCGCCUGGCCUAAUGCCUUAACGAUUGACUAUGUGACAGAAAAGAUUUUCUGGGCUGAUGCCAGUUUGGACUAUAUUGCUAUGGCUAACUUGGAUGGCACGGAAAGGCAUAUGAUCAUAGACCGGGAACUUCCUCAUACCUUUGCCCUUACAACUUUCAUGAAUUACAUUUACUGGACGGACUGGGAGAAGGGCUCGAUAGAGAGAGCGGAGAAAUUCUCGGGGAAAAAUCGUACGACUGUAGCCACAGUGGUUCAUCGUCUGAUGGAUAUUCAGGUGUACCACGAGAUGAGACAGGUGGAAAUGAAUCCAAACCCCUGUGAAGAUAAUGGAGGUUGUAGCCAUCUUUGUUUACUGCGGCCAGUCUCCAGACCUUUGGCCUUUUUGAGUUUGACUGCUGUGGAGCGUGUAUGUGCUUGUCCUGAGAACCAUGAGCUUGACCCAGAUGGUGUUCACUGUUCAGCAAACUGCACCAGUUCCCAGAUCCUGUGUGCUGCCAGCUCCAAGUGUAUCCCGUUCUGGUGGAAAUGCGACGGCCAAUGGGAUUGUGACGAUGGUUCUGACGAACCAGGCUCUUGCUUACCCUACAACUGUAGCCAUCCUGGUUUGUUUCGAUGUGAAAACUCUUCAAAGGAGUGUAUUCCACCAUCUGACAUCUGUAAUGGCCAAGCCCAGUGUUCUGAUGCCUCCGACGAAAAAGCAUGUGACAAAUUCCACUGCCUGGCUGGGUAUAGAAAGUGUCCGAGUGAUGAUAUAUGUAUUGAGGAGAAGAAGUUCUGUGAUGGAAUAGAGGACUGCCCCUCCAAGCUUGAUGAGCAGAAUUGUACCUAUAGUUCCUGCGAGGCUAACCAAUUUCAGUGUAGCAACCAACGCUGUGUACCGUACGUGUGGAGGUGCGACACAGAUAACGACUGCGGGGAUGGUUCGGACGAGCCGGAGAACUGUCGUAACAUAACAUGCAUGAACGGAUACAUCAAGUGUGUCACAGGCCGUUGUAUCCCGUCAGACUGGCAGUGUGAUGGAGACGUAGACUGUGGACCUGAGGACAAUUCCGACGAGGACAAUGAUAGAUGCACUAAAACGACCUGUGAGCCGACCUACUUUCAGUGUGAUAACAUGCAUUGUAUCCCGUCUCGAUGGCAAUGUGACUUUGACAAUGACUGUCGUGAUGGCUCAGACGAGAAAAAUUGUACUCACCGCUCAUGUUCAGACCAGGAGUUUCAGUGCAACAACAACAAGUGUAUCCCGAAGAGCUGGAAAUGUAAUGGAGAGGUGAACUGUGAGGAUGGAAGUGACGAGGAAGAUUGUUUGGGUCUGGAAUGUGAUGCUGAAGAGUUUAAGUGUGCUGGAAUCUGUGUUCCCAGAAAGUGGCUGUGUGACGAGGACAUUGACUGUCCUGACGGCUCAGAUGAACGCAACUGUACUGGUUCGUGUGUAGGCAAUAAAUUCUUGUGUGAAAACAAAGAGUGCAUACCAGAGCUGUGGCGAUGUGAUGGUGACAACGAUUGUGGGGAUAACUCUGACGAGGAUACAGAUAGGUGUAGUAAUCAUCAAUGUCCUCUGGGCCGAUUCCGUUGUAAAAAUCAUAUAUGUCUGUCUGUGUCUAAACGUUGUGACGGAAUUGACCAGUGUGGAGAUUAUACCGAUGAGGAACGUUGUUACUAUGACACUCUUUGUCAUGGGCGGACUUUCAGAUGUGCGAAGAAUGACAAGUGUAUCCCCAUCCACCAGGUAUGUGACGGUCAGUUCAACUGUCUGGACCAUACUGACGAGGAUUCCAACCUGUGUAGGUCAGAGAACAUUCAGUCCACAUGUGGAAGUAACAUCUGUUACCAAACCUGUGUCAAUAUCACCGGGGUAGGGUACAAGUGUGGCUGUAAGAUGGGCUACAAACUCAACGACGAUGGAUUCUCUUGUAAAGAUGUGGACCUGUGUAAGCUUUGGGGUACCUGUUCUCAGAGCUGUGACCCUAACAAUCCCACAACCAACUGCUCCUGUGACGAAGGUUAUACUAUGUGGACUGAUAAUGAGUCACAUCGCCCGUCAUGUCAAGCUCAAGGUCCCAAGCCCCAGCUACUUAUUGCUCACGAGACAGAGCUGAUCCAGUCCGACAUUGCCUACAGUGGACAGCAGCAGUCUCUGUUGUCGAGUGAGAAAGACAAAAUUCUGUCCAUUGAUGUUGAUAUGACACAAUCCAUUCUACAUCCUCCUUCACAAUGGACUGCCUUCAUCGUAAGCCAUGACAAAACGCUCAAGAAAAUGGCCAUCAAUGUCCACUGGAGCAAGAAAACAAAGCCGGGAAACAGUCGUAUACGCCGCAGCAGUUUCGAUCUGAAGGCCCAGCCCCCAGUCAAGUUUGUGAAUCUAGUAGCUGACCCCCAGGGUAUUGCUGUUGACUGGGUUGGAAAACGAAUCUACUGGACUGAUGCUGGCACUCGCACUGUGGAGAUGACGGAUUAUGAUGGCGCUCGUAAGAUUACGGUGGUAAAUUCUGGACUUGACCAGCCGUACUCUAUAGCAGUGGCGCCAGAAGUAGGGAAAUUGUUUUGGGCAGAUAGAGGUUUUCCACCAAAGAUAGAAACUUCCAAUCUAGAUGGGAGUGGACGUAAAGAUCUGGUUAAAGACGACAUCAUAUGGCCGAAUGGUCUGGCCGUUGACCAUGCCAAUCACAGGCUCUACUGGACAGACACUAAGAAACACACCAUAGAGACCAUUGGUCUCCAUGGCGAUGACCGACAAGUUGUCAAGCUUUUUAAAUCGGAUGAGGACCCUCCCUUCAUGCUGGACGUGUUUGAAGACUUCCUCUAUGUCACAUUGUACCGUUCACACUCCAUCAUACGGAUACACAAGUUUGGAUCCAAGUUCAUGAACAGGACAGAUACUCUACUGACGAAUGUAACCUUUAUUGGCGAUAUCAUCAUCCUCCAGCCAAUCAAACAGAAGAACUCAAUCGUGAACUACUGUCGGUCCAAUAGUACCCAUGAUGGACCGUGUCCAGCAGCGUUCUGUAUUAACAUGCCACAGCAGAAAGAAAUCAAGUACAAGUGUGUGUGUUCCAAUGAUGCUGUGUUUGAAGAUGACAAAUGUAGCUUUAAGAAGUCCUGUGAGGAGGGGUACUGUAAAAAUGGGGGAAGCUGCCAUCUUCAACCCAACGGAAAGUCAAAGUGCAGUUGCCCACCUGGUGUGACAGGGGACCGCUGUGACAAAUGUGGAAGCUCUUAUUGCCAAAAUGGAGGUCAAUGCAUAGCAACAGCUGCCACACUCUCCUGCAAUUGUACAGGCGGAUUCACCGGCCCCCGCUGUGGCACUGAUGUUUGUAACGCUUAUUGUGAAAACAAUGGCCAAUGCACAAAACAAAAUGGAAAUCCAAAAUGCGUGUGUCUCCAUGGUUUCACAGGCCCCAGGUGUGACAGUUGCACAGAAGACAGCUGUCAGAAUGGCGGGACGUGUCAAAUUGAGGGCGGCCAUGUAAUAUGUUUGUGCCCUCCGGGAUUCAGUGGUAACAUGUGUGAAACUGUCGCUAACUCAUGCCAGGACUACUGCAAGAAUGGAGGGACAUGCUAUCCAAACACAAAUGCAGUGGAUGAUAAGAACUCGGUAAAAUACACUUGUACCUGUACAUCUGACUGGAGUGGGCAACGCUGUGAACAACCUGCUAGCAAAUGUGUAGGCUACUGUCAAAAUGGUGGCAUUUGUAAGCUUGACAAGGAAAAGCCUACUUGUAACUGCACCGGAGUGUAUGGAGGAGAAACGUGUGACAUGUGCUUGUGCCAACAAGGACAAGGGACUUGUGAAAAGCAGGACAAUGGCGAGGAUGUCUGUGUAUGUGAAAGGAAAUGGAAGGGAAUCCUGUGUGAAGAGAGUGUCUGUGAUACAGACUGUUUCCAUGACGGCCAGUGUCAAGACUGUUUCCUAGGCGAUGACAAUAUAGCGGCGUGUAACAGCUGUGUAUGUAGUGUCGAUUUCCAUGGUGACCAUUGUGAGAAACUCGUCCAGAAACAUCAAGAAGCCAGCAUCCUUUUACCGAUCCUCAUCCCAAUCAUCGCCAUCCUCCUCAUCCUCAUCCUCAUCUUUAUUGCUCUUGUCGCCCGUAAAAGGAGAGACCAGUUUAAACAUCGUCGGAUGGUGAGCAACUCUAACCUGGAGGUAGCUAAUCCCAUCUAUCUUGCCCAGGCACAGGAGGGUGAUGAACGUGACAUGGCGCCCAUGCAGGUGUAUGAUGAGGAUGGUGAUGAUAAACCAAAGGAGGGGGACAAGUCGACCAAUUUUGCAAACCCGAUGUACAAUCGUCUAUACACCAGUGACAGCACCCAGGUGUUACUCCCGCGGGACGUUGACAAUAACGAACCCUUUGAUGAAAACGGAGACAUACAUUUCUAUGGCAACAAAAAAGACAAAACAAAUGGGAAGAUAUCCUACGCAUAAUGAUGUGAUUUUGUCUGCAUGUGACAAAGACAACAUUCCUCAUUUUUGCUUUCAUAGUGAUGUGUACAUUCCCUUGAUGUGGUCACUGCUACAUAUACGCCAUCACACCCAAGUAAGCACCGAGGUCUGCCAGGCCAGUGUUCUAUAGGGUGAUGGGUGCCAUACUGGCCUUACCAGACUUCAUAAGACAGAAGAGAUCCCUAAUAGGGAAAGAACUCUAGAGACAAUUUCUCUAAAUCUGAUAAGAGUGUAAAAGUGAAAAUGCUUCCUGGAUGAUAGUUUGGAGAAGAAUGAAUGUUUAUCUGAUGGUAUUUAACUGUACCACAACUGUAUCUGUUGCUAUGGAGAUGAUGCUGUAAUGGUGGAAACUGUAUAAAUGUGAUAUUUUAAGUGUGAAUUGAAUGAUGCAACAUGUCAUUCUACUAGGCUACAGGACAAGGCCUAAGAGGCUUCUCGCAUUCAAACAAGGCCAUCACUUGUUGAGGAAUGAGUUGAAUAAUUUUGCCUUCAGCCAUUUUUGUUCUCACCUGAACACCAGCAGAUUUGAUUGGCAUUUGUUUGGGUGAAUCUUUGUGACUGAACUUGUCAUCCAGGUGAUGGAGACAAAGUGUGACAUUAAAAAAAACCUGCCUAAGAUAUAAUCUGCCUUAUAUCAUAUUGCUUCAAAAAGAUUAUGUAUUUUUGUAGCCCAAACCACUUAAUUUAAGAAUCCAUACUGCACAUUAUUCCAAAUGUUUUUAAAAUGUUUUCCAUUAUUAUUAUUAUUAUAUCAGAAUAUUUUAUUGUGUUAUUUUUAUUAUAUUUGAUUUAAUCUAGAUAAAGUAGACACUCUUUUGUUUUAUAUUAAGUGAUUUAACUGAAGAAGUUCUUUGAGUAUAAAAGAUGAUUGAAAAGUAGCUAUUGUGAUAUGAUCGGUCAAGGACGGAUUCAGAGAGUAUAUGUUUAUAGUUAUCUCCCUUUAAUAAUCCUCUUCAGUUAUCUCCCUUUAGUUAUUUCCCUUUGGUGUCUCUGCUUCUAUGUAUACAAGGCUGACGUAAUCUCUCCACUGAAUUAUUGCCACCAUUUGGUCCAACUUCUGCCUCUUCAUUCUCCUUGUGAUAGUUUUUUUCUAAUCCUGUGUUUACAUGCCGCAGAUAUCUAAGCAAAUUUGUGAAAAUUUAAAAAUAGUUGGACCAGAAUGAUGUGGUAACCUCUACACCAGUAAAGUUUAUACAUGUAAAAAAAAUCUCCACAAUCUUAUGUUUCAUCAGCACAUUUUAGCCAAAAAAAAGUGAAUAAUUUAUCUGGGCAGUUGAGUGAUGUACCUUUGUUUGCAGAAACCUUAACACACAUUGAGUCGGUGGUCCUACAUUGUCAGUAACAGCAUUGGAUUAACCCAAUUCCAAAUAAAAUUUUAAUCAUUCCAAUUAUUGUUCAUUGCAGAUUUUGUGGAUGUAAAAAUGUAGAAAAAAUGCCCAAAUGCAAGUAAUCAUUUUCAUGUUUAACAAAGACAUGAUAGAAUUUUACAUUUAUUAUGUAAGCAGUGUUUGUUAAAAGAAAGACAUCUGUAAUAUAAAUUGUUUUUGAACUGUCCACCCAAUUUUAUGAAGAGUGCUGCAUUUGCAUUUUCGAUCUUUCACUAAAGUGCUGAAUCAAUGGUGAGCUUGCUGUAAAGAAGAACUGUGGCAAUGUUUUCUGUAAAAUCUGUACUGUAACAAGGGUUGCUGUAAAGUCUUAACUAUGGCGAGGCUUGCUGUAAAAUCUGGAAUGUGGUGAGGCUUGCUGUAAAAUUUGAACUUUGGCCAGGCUUGCUAUGAAGUCUGAUCUGUAGCAAGGCUUGCUGUUAAAUAUGGAGUGUGACGAGGCUUGCUGUAAAAUUUGAACUUUGGCAAGGCAUGUUGUAAAGGCGGAACUGUGACAAGGCUUGCGGUAAAGGCGGAACUGUGGCAAGGCUUGCUGUUAAGGCAGAACUGUGGCAAGGCUUAAUGUAAAGGCAGAACUGUGACAAGGCUUGCUGUAAAGUCGGAACUGUGGCAUGGCUUGCUGUAAAGGCAGAACUGUGGCAAGGGCAAGGGCAAUGCUUGCUAUGUGAUGUUGGAGUUUGCUGUAAGAAAAGGCCAUAACUUACUUAGGCAUGUUACAGUAAAGGGGUGUAAAAGGCCUUUCUGUAUAUGCAGACUUUCUAUAGAGGUUGCCCACUUAGAAAACCUGAAUGUAGCAAAAGUUAUUAUAAGAGUGAUGAUUAGGACGAGUGAAAAAUUGUCUGGAGGCUUGCCAUUGAGUGUGACUGACUACAUGUAUUUAAAGGUAUAUAGAGGCAUGCUUUUAUGUGAUAAUCAUUCAGGUGGUUGUGAUGGUAAGAUAAUCAAUAUAUUAUUGUAGCAUUCCAGUGUCCAUGGAUUUAUUUGCUUUGUUGGAAAAGAAAGGAAAGUCAGUUUUUAUUUUAUUUUAUCUUUUAAACGAUAGAUUUUUAGUGACGUUUUAAACUGCACCAUUUAUGUAUUAAGAAUGAUAGACUCUUGCAAUGAAUUAAACAUUUGAAUAUGCUAUGUGUGUUUCAGAAACACAAUCUAACAGGAAUGUAGUACUUGUUUUUCAUAUUAAUGAAGGGCAUUAUUGUAAUAUCGUACAUGGAAUGAAAAAAAAGAAUCCUUCUAACACUUCAACAUCUAGUAACUUUUGAAGGUCAUUAAUUUUAUGCCAAGGUCAUUAAUUUUAUACGGAAAAUGUUUUUGUUUUCUGUAGUGUUACGUGAUUUAGGUAUGUAAGGUCCAAUAAAUGUAAGAUUAGGUUCAAAAAUAUUACAUGUUAUAGCUAUGCUAUGGUUUGAAGAUUUUAAUUUGAAAAUUGAAUAAAUGUUCUAUUUUGAAAGCUAUUAACCAAACUAGUGUUACCGGCAGUUCAUAAAAGAUCUGUUUAUGUAGGUUCUGAAUGUCCUGAUUCCCUUCUGUAUAACUUCUACAUGUAUUUCCAUUUGAUUUUUCUUUUAGUUUUAUAUGCAAUAACAUGUGUGUCAGGAGCCAACCCAAAUUAAUUUUCUUUACAAAGUUCUUAGUUUAAAGAGAUAUCCCCUGUUUCCCUUUAAAUUUAUCUGGAAAAUGCUUCUGAAUUCUAAAGUUUAAAAUUCCUGGAAUUUCUGAAUGACACAAUAUAAUUACAGUAUAUACAUGCACAAUUGGGUUUCUAAUUAAUUCAACGAUCAAUGUCAAUCAAGGUCACAAUGUAUAAAAAUAGAAUGGGAAUAUACUGUGUUAGUGUUAGGGAAAUGAAGUUUAUUGAUCUGGACACUAGAAUCCUUAACGAACUGUCAAUGUUAUUGUUAUUAAGGGACACAGGUAGGACACAGGUAGAAGAAUUACCUUUUUUUAGACAGGUGUAAGAUAAAGUUUGAUGUGAAAUGAUCAGGGGCAAGUUUCAUCAACAUUCCUUAACUUACGGAAUUCCUAAACUCAAACUUUUUUCGUAGAAAAGCGUUACAGAAUUCAACUAUAUAAUGCUUUUCUAUGGAAAAUUUUGAGUUAAGGAGUUUCCUGAUCUUAAAGAGCAUUGAUGAAUUCGGGCCUGGUAUGUCAGAAAAAAUCUGAGAAUUUCGUACACAUAAUAUAAACUUGAAUCUCAUAUUUAAAAUUUCAUCUGAAAAAAAUUGUCAUUACAUCUUACUUCAUAUAUCUACAACAGAUUGGCCAAUGUAUACCGCCAUAUAUUACAUUAUAAUUGAUUAAAACCAAAAUUAAAAAACGAAAAAUUCAGAUUUUUUACAAUAAUUUCAAACUUUAAAGUGAUGCUAUUAUUCUUUCCUAAUAGAUUAUUUCACAUAUCAUGUUACUUAAACAUAAAAAAAAAAUAUAUGUGAUGUACAUAAAAAAGAAAUGAAAAUAUAUGUGAUGUAAAAUCUGCCAUCAGGUCAUCAGAAUUUGAUAAUAAACAGAGCCCUGAUACCAAUGGAUAGUAACUAUGACACUGUGAUUUUUUUCCUAAUGGUAUUUUUUCAAUUAGAAAAGUUUUGUAAUUUAAUGUGAUUGUAUUAAGUUACAAAAAAGGUAUAACAUAAUUUACUUGUCACAAUGUGUGUUGUUGAGAUACAAGUUAUUCAAAGUGUUUUGUACAUGUUUUAACAAUGAAUUCUUUAUGCAUGUCUAUUUUUGGAACAAGGUGCUUCCUUUGAACUGCUUCAUUUACAUAUAACUUUUAAUAAGGUUUUGUAAAACAUUGUGGAUAUACAAUUGAUUGAUAGUGUUAAGCAGUUUAUUUGCCAAAUUUUUUUUAUCAAUGUUUCUUUAAAAAAACAAACACCAAAGGCCUCAUAAAACAUUAGUAAUCAGACUAAUGUAUAUUCUCAAUUGGAUAUAAAACAAAAACAAUAUAAUUCCAGUUUUACCAAUAUUUCGUAUUUAUGAAAAUUCCUUAACUUAAAAUUUUCAAUAUGCAAGCAUUACAAACUUUAUGAAAGCAAGUUCUCAAAUAAUGGCUUCCUAAAGCAAUAGAGCUUACCUUAUAUGGGCAACUAAGGAAUGCUGAUGAAACUGGCACCUGAAAUUUGAUAACAUAUGUAUUAUUCAAUUACCGGUACAUCAGUAAAUAUUAAUCUUAAAACAAUUAUCUCACAUAAAGGUGUGGAGUAAAAGUAUUUCUGACACGUAGUGCAGUAAUGGAGAUUUCUCAGGUGAGGUGUAUUGUAAAUAUAGAAGUGUACAGGUGUAAAUGCAGAGGUGUGCAUGAACAGGUAUAAAUGUACAGGUAUAUUUAUACAAGUGUAAAUUUACAGGUACAUUUAUACAGGUGUAAAUUUACAGGUAUAUUUAUCCAGGUGUAAAUGAACAGGUAUAAAUAAACAGGUGUAAAUGUAUUAAAUGAAUGAAAAUUUACAUUACAAUUGGUAUGAAUAUUUGUGAGUUGAUAAUAAUCGUUUAUUAACAUGUAUUGUAUUAGUGUAUCAAUCCAAGAAAUAAUUUUAUAUGCCAUCACUUGCAUUUCAUGUUGUCAAAUACCUGUUUUCGUUCAAAAUUUUAAUACACAGUAAAACAAUAUUACCCCUCUUCAUUCAACACUUUAUCAUACUUGAAACAUAUAUCGAGGUACAGUUAUUUAAUGAAAAUUUAAAUUGAAUGUUUUGUAUGUAUUGCCAAAACAUUUGAUGCCAAAAUUUGGCUGGAGAAACAGUGACAAUAUCACGAGGUAUUACUGUUUCAUUGAAAAUUAAUAUGUUCUUUGAUUUUUAUAUUUCGAUACUUUCUUUAAAAUAGCCCUUUGAUUGGAAUUCAUGUGCAGCACUCGUGAAAAAUAUCAAAAUAUUAGCCACACUCGUGAAAUAUAUUUGGUAUUACUGAAGACACUGUUAGAUAUUCUGUUUAUUACAUUUUUUAUCAACGAAAAACCUACCCCGUAUGCUAACUAGGCCUACAGCAAAAGUUUGCAUACAUUUAUAGUAGUUCCCCCUGUCCAGGUGCUGACAUAUAUGUCGGGCUUUCUGAUUGGUCAAUUAUUUUGGUAUUUUCUAAUCAUUGAUUUGAUUGGUCAAAUCAGCAAAAGUGAUAUUUUUCACUAGUGAAAAAUAUCACUUUUAUAGAAUGAAUAAUUUUUGAUAUUUCACUGGUAAAAAUGUAAUAAACUUCAAUUGACCCUCCAAUCAACAAAGUAACUGUUCUUGUUCUAUCAGUAAACCUCCAGAGAAAACAUUGAUUUUUGUUAAUAUUUAAACUGUUCUUGAAAAAUCCUUUUAAUAUUAUAAUCCUCCAUCAAACUUAAAUGUUUAAGCCCGUUUUAAUUAGAUUUUUGUUUGUUUUCGGAUAGUUUUCAAACCGAUGAUGGUCGAAACAAGCUUAACAACGACAUUUUGUUUACCUAUGUUUAUGUUAGGUUAUUUUUAUCAAUGUCGGUUACAGUAUUAUCAGUGUUGUCAUAGUUACAUCGGCUAUUAAUUCCUGUUUGUAACAAUUAUUUACUGUUGUUAUGGCAACAAUGCUGUUACAUUUGUUACGAUAAGAGUGAGUUUAAGAGUCGUUGUUGUUGAAAUAACAGAUCUGAUAGUGGUAUGUGAUAGUAAUACUUACCAAAUAUCAGCUGUUCGUCUGCACAAUAAUAACUUGUCCACCAGAAAGGUUGAAGUUCAAUAUAAUAUUGCAAAUAUAUUCAAAAUCAAAAUUAAUGUUUAUUGUUGAAAGUGUUGUUCUAAUUCCUUUAAACCAGUUACGUUAUUCUGAUAUAUGUAUAUGAUAUAUACAGUCAAACCUCAUCAUCACAAGCUCUGAUAACUCAUGAUCAAAGACCCAGCUUAACUCGAGGUAAACGAUUCUAUACUUGGGAUAUCUCAGAUUUUUUUCAUGGCGUCAUUGACUUCCAGAUAACGAGGUUUGACUGUAUACAGGAAGACCACUGUACAUAUCAAGUUUCUGUUUGUGGCUGUUGGUUAAAAGCAGUUUCUAUUUACGUUUAUUUGUAAUAUUGUAAGUUAGACAUUAGAAGCAGGGGACCCUAUGUAUUAAUGGAAAAAGAAUUUAUUUUGUUACCAUAUCUACGAGUCAAGUCAACGUGUCUACGAUGUAGUUUCCAGUUAAAAUCAUAUACAAUGGUACAUUAAUGAUACUGUUGGAUAGUAUGCUUUCCUUAAGGUGUAAUUUUGUCAUAUUGAUGUAUCCACACAAUUCUGUGUAACUAAUGAUCAAAAUGAUUCAUUUUCAUUUCAUUCGUCCAUUUCAUGAUUCAUCCAUCAUGACCAAACCAAAGUUCCGCAUUCUUCCAUGCUUUGUAAGAUAUAUAUAUAUAUAUAUGUAAAUCUGAUAUUUUCACAAGAAAAUGUUCAUGAUGAUGUCAUUUGACACAAAUAAAACCAUUUUAUGACUAAAA